CAACAGCACUACAGCAAGUUUGCAAGUGUUGUUAGGUUGUAUUUUUUGUGUGUUUUUGCUGGGAAAAAUGACCGAAAUUCAAGUACCAUCGCGAGAAAUACCUGUCCUAGAGACAGUCGAAGAUAUAGAGAAGCGUAGGGAGCAAGUGUUACGUCGUUAUGCGGAGUUUAAAGAAGCAACGCGUCUGAAACGAAUUCGCUUGGAGGAGGCGAAGCGUUAUCACCAGUGGAAACGAGACGUUGAUGAAUGCGAGAUUUGGAUCAACGAAAAGCUACAAAUUGCCUCAGACGAGUCGUUUAAAGAUGCUACAAAUCUACAGGUAUUAUCCUACAAGAUUUGAUAACUUUUUAUAACUUUAUAGCGCGGUAAAUUUCGCUUCAAGGAAAACAUUUUUCACAUAAUAAAUAGUGUGAUUUUUUGACAACGCCCGCGAGUCUCGGAUCAAACGUCGAUAGGUCAAAAGGUUUUGAUAAAUAUUUGAUGAUGUGCAGCUUGCUUAGCACAAAAACGAAAGCUGUAACUAAUUUAGGGGAUGGUUUUGUUUUCAUAUAUUAAUAUUGUUGCACUUGUGCAUUAUAAAUUGUAAAUUUUAUUGUUGGCCAGUGAGAAGUUGUUAACUUGUUACAAUUUACAAUUCCCAAGUUGGACACUGCUAUAUUUAAAUUAUUCACUGAAGUAGAGACAAGUAGUACAAGGAUAUUCACCUCUAUUCGAGAUGAAAAUCCUUGCACUCUUCAGAAGACUGAGGUGAAAUGAUUGUUUCUUUGUGUUUUGCAAAACUGCAGCUUCGUCUUGGCUCUUGUGAUGUUAUACUCUGAGUGUAUAUCCACACCGGGCCAGUUUGAAAAAUAUAGGCAUAUUUUUCAAGCUUGCCGUGUGGAUAUACACUCAGAGUAACAUCACAAGCUUCAUUUACAGCAACACAGAAAAAAUUGUCUUGGCUGUAACCAGAAUGAAAUGGGAAGAUAUAUUGUAUUUUGGUCCGGAGGUUAUCUGGAGCUGUGCAACCAAUCAAAUUGCAUGGAAAGCACUAUCCAUCUCUUGAGAAUAUGCUGAAGAUUAUUCCAAAAUUUUCAAAACAGAAUCAAUAUUUGUUGCAAUAUGUCCUGUUUAUUUUGGGUGUGCAAAUACAUACAGUCAACAUUUUUGUCUGAGAGUCACAGACAUCACCCACGAUGCCCCCAGCUAUCGACUGUCACAUUCAUGGUUGAAAGGCCACUUCAAUUCAGAAUCAUACCCAAAUUAUUCCAGUUACAUUUGUUCACACAGAAAUGUAUGUUUUUGUCUGUUUUCAUGCCUCCAGUAUGCCCUAGUGUAUGGCUUGGCGCUGCUUGAUCUUUAGUGGCAAAUCAAGUUUCCUUGCACUAAAAGUAAACUUUUGUUUUAUGCAGGUUAAGCUACAGAAACAUCAGGCAUUUGAGGCAGAAAUUUCUGCUCAUACCAACACCAUCAUUACGAUAAAGACGACGGGUGAACAGAUGAUUACGGAAGAACAUUAUGAGUCAGUUACAAUCAGGGUACGAAGUAUUGAUUUUUAGGAAUGUUUGGAACAAGUAGCUGUUGUUGUUGUUGUUGACAUAGUUGUUGGUGUUGUUGUUGUUGCUGUUGUUGUUGCUGUUGUUGUUAUAUUUGUUGUUUUUGUUGUUGUUGUUGUUGUUGUUGUUGUUGUUGUUGUUGUUGUUGUUGUUAUAUUUGUUGUUUUUGUUGUUGUUGUUGUUGUUGUCAUUGUUGUCAUUGUUGUUGUCGUUGUUGUCGUUGUUGUCGUUGUCGUUGUUGUCGUUGUUGUUUUCGUUGUUGUUGUUGUUGUUGUUGUUGUUGUUGUUGUUGCUGUUGUUAUAUUUGUUGUUUUUGUAAUUGUUGCUGUUGUUGUUCUUGCUGCAUGCUGUUGUUGUGGUUGUUGUUGUUAUAAAACUUGUUGAUGAUGGUGGUGUAACUAUUGUCAUGUGUUGUUACUGUUGUAUGUAAUGUUGUUAAUUGUAAGGUUAUUGAAUAUUUGUUUCAGGAGCGACUAGAUCACUUGAUGCAUCUAUGGGAACUGUUGUUGAUGCAGUCAGCUGAGAAAGGACGUAUGUUGUUAUUUACGCAAAAGCGAAUUCACUUCAUUCGAGAAUGCAGUGAAGUGUUGAUGUGGAUUGCAGACAGGGUAAGUUACAUAGCACACCAUGUAUGUAAAGAUUAGAGGAUUAUGUUGGAUUAGGUUUAGUGUUAGGAUUAAUGUUUGGGUUAGUGUUAGAAUUGGUAUUAGGAUUAGGAAUUAUUGUUAGGCAGGCCUCAAAUUUCCCUGAAAUCAAUUUACGGCAGUGGCGUUAAAAAUUGCUGUAGAACGUAACAGCUGUCUAUGGCAAUUUUAGCAGUUUUCAUGGCAUUUUUUCAAAUUACUGUAAUAAAAAUUUAAUUUUAUUGUUACUUUGGAUUAUUGACAAAUGACAAGCUAGAAACAUGUUUUUUUAUUUCUUUAGUGUUUUUUUUCGAAGAAAACUGAGACUAAAAUAGUAAUUUACACAUGAUUUGAUCAACAUCUGAAUUCAAGUAUCAAAAGAGUAAUGCACAGUGAAUAGUAUAAAAAUUAUACUAUACGGCAAAAAAAUGCUGUCGUUGCCGCAAUGAUCCACAGCAUCCUCUACAGCGAUUGCAGUGAUAAAAGUCAAGCCCUGGUGUUAAGAUUAAUGUUAGGAUUAGGUUUAAUGUUAGGAUUAGUGAUAGGAUUAGGAUUUGUGUUAGGAUUGGUGUUAGGAUGUUAGAAUUAGUGUUGCCUUUAAUAUUAGGAUUAAGUAAGGUGCUAGAUUAUGAUUGGUGUUAGGAUUAGGAUUAAGAUUAAAAGAUUAGGUUAGGUAUAAUAUUAGGAUAAGGGUUCAUGGUUAAGAUUUAGAUUAAAGUUAGGAAUCUGGGAUAAGGAUUAGGAUUAUGUAUGGAAAUUAGAGGUGAGCCGAUGUUUAAAAAAAGCUGAUUGCCGAUACCGAUUGUUAAGAGCCGAUAUUUACCGACCAUCAGCUGAUUAAUCGGCAAAACCGAUGGUUGCUUAUUAUUACUAAAACUGCUGAUGCAUGUGACUUAAAGGAACGCGACGACAAACUUAAAGGAACACAGCGACAUUUCUCAGCAUUGUGAAAUCAACAUCGUGUUACUGGUGAGAUCUGAUUGGUCCACGGAGUCACAGACUACAAUAAAUUAAUUAAAUUUUGCAGAAAACAACUAUUAAUAGUUUCACAAUUAAGUAAUUUACAAAGUAUUAAGUAGAGCGCAGGGAAUAAAAAACAUAGUGUUUCCACUUUCGAUCAGUGUUUCCACACCAAAGAUUUGAAAUUUCUAUAUUUUUGACUAACACCGCUGACCAUUCCGAUGGUGAAAGACAAUCGGCCGAUUGUGAAAAAACAAGCCAAUUAAUCGGGUUUGCCAAUGUUUUGCCGAUGAUCGGCUCACCCCUAAUGGAAUUUGACCCAAUGGGGUGCAUUUUAUUUACUUCAGGAAGUGAUUGUUUCAACAGAAGAAAGUGUUCGUGACUUUGAACAUGUUGAGGUUCUGCAAAAGAAACUGGAAGAUUUUGCAAAAGAUUUGGAUGCAAAUGAGAAUCGAAUUAAAAGCAUCAACCAGCAAGCUGAUACAUUGGAAGUCGAGGGCCACCCUGACAUUGAAGUCAUCCAGGCCAAACGAGUGGUAAUUAAUGAGAAAUAGACACUUUCUAAAUUGACUUGAGUGCACACAAAAUAAUAGAUGUGAUCAUAUUCAGCUAUAGUCAAGUCAUUGCUGGCCUCAACCUUGUACCAUUGUGACAUUGUCUCUCAUACAGCGCACUCAAACAAAUUUGGAAGUACUUAUUCUGUCAGAUGUAUUUUGAUGCAAAAAUUUUUGUAAGUUAUUGAACUCAUAGUGGAGUUUAAUCAUGUUUUUUUAGGAAGUAAAUGAGGCUUGGGAUAAACUACAUCAGCUGGUUAUUGUCCGUCGAACAAAACUGACCAGUUCCCAUGAGAUUCAUUCUUUUUACAGGUAAAUACUCUGCUGCUUCACCAGCAUGACCAUUAUCACCACCAUCACCAUUAUCACCACCAUCACCAUUAUCACCACCAUCACGAAAACACCACUGAUACUGUAUGAUCACUACCAGGAUUAUCACCAUCAUUACCACCAUUAUGAUCAUCCGAUCACCACCACCAUCAUCAAAACUACCACUACUGUAUUAUCACCAUCAUUACCACCAUCAUGAUCACUACCAUCAUUAUCACCACCACCACCACCAUCAUCACCAUCUUCAUCAUCAUCACCACUGCCAUCAUCACCUGAUGGUCUUAUUUAUGUGUUUCUAGAGAAGUGAAUGAAACAGUUCAAUGGAUCAUUGAGAAAGAUACAGUAUUAUCUUCAGAUGAUUACGGCAAGGAUCUUGCAAGCGUGAAUGCUUUGAAACGAAAACACGAUGGUCUGGAAAGAGAUCUGGUAGCACUGGAUGACAAGGUUCAGAACCUUGGCAGUGAGUGUGACCAGCUGAAGGAAAGCCAUCCUGAAGUGGCUGAGGACAUCGAAGAGAAGAAAGAAGAGUUAGUACAGGCUUGGGAAGGCUUGAAAGAAAAGGUAUAAUGCACACUGAAGAAGCUUUAUCCUCUCAGCUCAGUGCACUGUCUUGAAAUACAUGUGUUCUUUGUGGUAGUUUCUCAAUAAGUCAAUUCUCAUUAGUUGGUUCUCCAUGUGGUCCUUGGAUAGUAGUUUUGAAAUACAUGUGGUGGAUUUUCACCAGCCUAAACUUUGAAGAGUUGGUUCUCAGUAUGGGUUGUGGUCUUGAAAUACAUUUCCUUUGUGGUAUAGUCUUACUAGUCUAAACUUCAAACAGUUGGUUUUCAACAUAUCUAAUAGUCUUCGAAUAUACUGAUCAUUUGUGGUAGAUCCACACCAGCAACUUCAAUUGGUUGAUUCUCAGCGUAGAUAGCACCUUGAAAUAUAUAUCUUUUGUGGUAAAUUUUUUUUGCUAGCCUAACCUUUGAAAGUGUAGAUGAGACGAUUGAAGCAAAGCCUCUAAGUUAGAGUGGUAGAAGACGACAUAAAAUAGCUGAAUAGGUAAUGUAUUUACCUUUGUUAUAUUUGUGUAGUCUGCAGUGCGAAGGACAAGACUCGAAGAUGCGUACAACUUACAGCGACUACUAGCUGACUAUAAAGAACAUAUUUUGUUUAUCACUGAGAUGAAAACUCUGAUUGAAACAGAUGAAGUCGCGAAGGAUGUUGCCGGAGCAGAGAUGUUGAUUGAGAGACAUCAAGAACAUAAGGUGAUCAUCACAAAACUCUCAAAAACAUUUUGCAACAGAGGCCUGUUGUAUAGUCCUUGAACUUCAGCUUAACUAUACUUACUGUACAAAUACCAGUGCUCACUGUGUAUACUAUGUCAUGAGUCAGUUACAAUGUAAAGGUAAUGGCUGUAGAACUUUACAGAUUUAAAAAAACAACCCCUGCCUGGAAAGAUAUCUUUCUACACUUGUGUUUAUUUCCAUAGGGUUACAUUGAUGCGCAACAAGAAGGAUUUGAUAAAUUUUUCACUUCUGGUAAAGAACUAGUUGAUGGUGACCAUUAUGCUGCUGAGGAGAUCAAAGAAAAGUUGGACAAUCUUGAGACAGAGAAGACGUCCCUGUACGAGUUGUGGGAACAACGCAAAGUGACUCUAGAUCAAAGUCUAGAGUUGCAACUCUUCUACCGAGAUUGCCAGAAUGCUGAUAACCAAAUGGCCAAACAAGAGGUGAGAGGAUAUAGACGUUAUUGAAAGUAUUGCAGACCUUGUAGAAAGUUGUUCAGAGCUGAGGACAGGGAUUUAUUUUGGUUGGGUAACAUCCCUGUGCUUGAAAAACCCGUGUAGGUAAAGUUUUGUUGGCACAUCCAAACAUGCAUUAAAGCAUUGAGUUAGGAGGGGCAUAGAAUUUUACUAUUGAAAUAAUGAAGUAUCUUAAAAGAUAUAAUGGCCAUGAUAUUUUUAAAAUUUUCGUUUUGGCGUUAUCAUUGUUCUCUCAUCUGAUAACUGCAGAUUGACCACCAUUUACUGCACGAUAGUGCUUAGUGAAACCUACACUAUAUUUCCUAGAAUAUCUUGUCUGAUGAGGAUGUUGGAGACUCUCUCGAUGCAGUCGAUGCCUUGAUAAGAAAACAUGAUGACUUUGCUAAAUCCUUUGCUGCGCAAGAAGACAAGAUCAGAGACGUUGAUGAAACGGCGACAAAACUUGUUGAAAAUGAACAUUAUGCUGCGCCUGACAUUGACGAAAGACGAAAUGAGGUAAGUUGGUCAUUUGGAGUUACCACAUCAUCAUGAUCAAUUACUACAAUAUAAUCGUACCAUCAUCACUUGACUGUCACUAACACCAUCAACAUUACUACCAUCAUAACCAUUACUACCAUCAUAACCAUCACCACUACCAGUACUACCACAGUCCACCACCAUCAUAACCAUCACCACCAGUUCCACCAUCAUCAUUAUAACCAUCACCACCACCAUCAUAACCAGCACAGCUAAUCUCAAAAACAUUAACCUUCAAUUUACAGAUUGUCACCAGACGUCAGAACAUUCACGAGAAAUCAGAGAAAAGACGAGAGUUGUUGGAAGAAUCUCGAAAGUUACAGCAAUUUGAAAAAGAAGCUGAUGAAACUAAAGCCUGGAUCAAUGAGAAACUUAAAAUUGCUACUGACGAAUCUUAUAAGGUAGAAAAUAUAGUCAUCACAAUACAGAGUACAUACUUUAAACAAACUUUUUUACGCUGGAUAGGCCUACGCUAUCAUUUGUUGAUGUCCAGUAAGGACCAUCUCUUCUUGAUCCAGUAUUAAUGCAGAACGAAAUCUGAACUGAAUUAACUUUAUUUGUACUGGAUAGCUUCAUCUGUUCUAAACUCUAUCAGAUCAGCGAAGGCCAUCUUUUAUUGAUCCAGUGUUACUACAGGAGGAAAUCUGACUUAAACUAACUUUAUUUAUACUGGAUAGGUCUAUCAUUUCUAAACUGUUCUUCCUAGAGGUCCAGUAAAGAUCAUCUCUUAUUGAUCCAGUGUUACUACAGGAGGAAACCUAAACUAAACUAACUUUAUUUAUACUGGAUAGCUCUAUCAGUUCUAAACUGUUCUUCCUAGAGGUCCAGUAAGGAUCAUCUCUUAUUGAUCCAGUGUUACUACAGGAGGAAAUCUGACUUAAAACUAACUUUAUUAUACGGGAUAGCUCUAUCAGUUCUAAAGGUUCGUGCAGUAAGGACCAUCUAUAUUUCUACAAAAGGAAACCUGAAAAAACCUGUGGUGGUCGAGUCAAGCACUCGUCUCACAUUAAGUUAAAUUAUAAUCAGAAAACUGCAGGCAGCGGCCUCAAUCAUAGAGCUACAAAGAUCCGACACUAAUCAGUCUGCCAUUAACACCCCUGCAACAGGAUCCAACAAAUCUUCAGAGGAAAGCUCAGAAACACGAAGCAUUCAAUGCAGAACUGGAAGCCAACCAAAGCCGCAUCGACUCGAUACACGACAAGGGAAAGCAACUGAUCAGCAAUGAACACUAUGCGUCAGAUAUUAUACAGCAGAGAUUGGAUGAACUUGACGAACUUUGGAAGCAUCUGCUUGAGAAAACUCAAGAGAAAGGCAACAAACUGCGGGACGCGAAACAACAGCAACAAUUUAAUAGGUUGGUAUUAAUAAUAAUCGAAAUUUAUUUACCCAUACAUUAAGCACUGGUAUUACCUUGUACAUGUAUAUAUACAUGAAUUUGUGGUUAGAGCUCGACAACUGGCCUCCGUAUGUACUGUAGUUCAGUGGGUUAGAGCACUGCACCGGAAUCCCAGGUUCGAUUCCUACCAGAGGGCAAAUAGUUACAUUUUCCCCUGUAGUUUCAUCUGGGAUACCAUGUUUAUGUAAUGUUUUAGGGGUAUUGAUGAUAUGGACAUCUGGAUCACAGAUAUGGAAGCUCAGUUGCUAAACGAAGACAUUGGAAAGGUAGACUAUAUAUCGCUUCUGUAAACAAAAGUAUAGCAUUUUUCUAGUAAGACAAGUGAUUUAUAAUUUUGAUGUGCAAAAUGGUGUGUUUAGGAUCUCUCGGGUGUCCAAAAUCUUCAGAAGAAACAUGGUUUGCUUGAAGGAGAUAUCAUAACUAAACAAGAACGUAUCGACGUGUGUUCAACCCAGGCAGACUUGUUUUCGGAACAGGAACAUUUUGAUGCUCCGACCAUCGUGGCAAAGAAAGCGGCUUUGAUGACGAGAUAUGAAAAGUUGAAGGUAGGCUUUGAACGAAGUAAUCUGAACAGAAUAAUCCCACAUACCAACCGUUGUUAAACGAGGUACUGUAUAUCCAGAUAGGGUUUUACUGUUGCAAUGCACACCUACCGAAUUCGCAGUUAUCAAAUCCAUUUUCCCCACACCAAUUCAAAACCUUAUGGAUGACGGAAGAACAAUGAUCGACGAAGGUACAUUUUGAAUACGCGAAUUUCUUAGUUUUGCUUCAUCACACGAAUUUAUUGUUCUCUUCUUUCCAAAAAGAUCAUUUCAGAAAAGAUGAGAUCAAGGAGAAAAUGGAUGACCUGGAAACACAAUGGAUGCAACUCAAGGUAUAUAUUGAGGGCGAUCAAAUUUUGUUUAUUGAGUUCCUCAUUCAUUGGUGCCCCAACAGGCUAUUCCCAAUUGCUAGGGGAUCCGAGGUACCUACGAUUUAACUUCCUUAUCCGAGAAGACGCGAAAAUCUAACCAUUUACUGAUGUCAAUGUAAAGGUAGCACUUUCUCCUCAAUAAGAUCUCGAGUAGAGGUCCAACCAAGGAUUUCACCCUGGUCUCCCUGCUUGAACGCCCAUGUAGGAAGUGCCAAAAAUGCAACUUUGGAAGGCUAUAUAAUAGGUUUGAAUUGACCAAUUUUAAUUCUGUUUGCGGUGAUCAGGUCAGGAAGGAAAGGACUCUUUUUUAAUCUAAAGAAGUGGGUCAAAAAUUUUGUUCCAAUAACACUGUCUUUAAAUAAAUCUAACGAUAGUACGUUACAGAGAGAGGGUGCUAACCGAAUUGUUUACUGUACGUACUUGGAGGAUAUUUUAAAACAUUGAUUACAUGUAAAUUACAAAAUUUCUUUUAUCUAGGAUAAUGCAGCCUGUCGUAAGGACGAUCUAGACGAUUCACUUCAUGCGUAUCAGUAUUUGGCCGAUGUUACUGAAGCAGAGGCCUGGCUUACUGAGAAGGAACCAUUAGUAACCAGUACAGAUUACGGUAAAGAUGAGGACAGUGCUCAGGCGAUGUUAAAGAAACAUAAUGCGGUCAUGUCUGAUCUUGAAGCGUAUGGCACAGUUGUUGAUCAACUCCGUGAUCAGAGUAAGACAUGUAAGGUGAGUUUGGGGGUGGUGGUCGCAGUGUAAGGGGAGGGGGCCUUAGAUAUCUUUAUAUACACUAGAUAGUGCAUCUAAUUAUUCUGCAAUUCAAAAAUUGAAGCCGUGAUUGCAGACUCAGGAUAUUCCCAUGAAAUGAGAAGACUCGUAUGUUUUCUAUUUCUUAAACAGGGAACUUAAACAUUAAGUUAAACCUAUUCCAAAUGCAUUUUCGAACUAUUCAAAUGAUGAAAGUUAUUGUUGUUUUUUAAGCGUUUAUUAGCGAGUGGGAAACUCCAACAUGGCCGCCAUCUAUUCAAAUGGGGGUAACCGCUGGAAUAUUCUUGGCUUCAAUUUUACUAAAAGAGAUGCGCUAUCUAGUGUAUAUAAGAUAUCUAUGGAGAGGGGCAUGAUAGUGAUGAUGGUGGUUGUUGUGGUGAGUAAUGGUGGUAGUGGGUAAUUGUGUCACGUUGUUGAUGAUGAUGGUGGUGAUGGCAGAAUGAUUGUGGUAGUGAUGACGAUGAUGAUGAUGGUAAUGAUGACGGUGAUGGUAGUGAUGGUAAUGAUGAUGGUGAUGGUAGUGAUGGUGAUGGUAAUGAUGAUGGUAAUGAUGACGGUGAUGGUAGUGAUGGUGAUGGUAAUGAUGAUGGUAAUGAUGAUGGUGAUGGUUCAUUUUUCUCAAUUUUAUUUACACUUAGACUAUAACUCCAGUGAAAGACUUCAGUGAUCGGGAAUGCGUGGAAGCUCUGUAUGAUUACCAAGAGAAGACUGCUCGUGAGGUCUCCAUGACAAAAGGCGACAUAUUGACACUGCUCAAUUCAACAAAUAAGGUAAAGCACGACUGCGAGUGCUUUAAAUGGCUUAAACAAAGAUCGAUCUUAUGAGUUCAUUGGCGAAGUCAUUUUAAAAAUAAACGUUGUCUAAGCCAAAAAAAUCAAAUCUAAAGUUCCUGUACAUUAACAUGAUUGUUCAUCACAUAUGAAACCAUCGACACGUCACACGCUAGUGAUUUCCUUUGUCUUUCCUCACGAAUUAUUAAUGAGUUUUUAAAACUUUAUUCCUUAGGACUGGUGGAAGGUGGAGACAAAUGAUCGUCAAGGUUUUGUCCCUGCAGCUUACGUGAAGAGAAUUGACUCGAAGACCGCGUCACAAGAUUUACUUGACAAAGCAGAAGAUGUUGACACGGUUUCCCAAAGGCAAGAUGCUCUUGACAAGAAAUACCAAGAUCUUCUUGAAUCUGGAGCUGAGAGGCGAAAGAAGCUGGAAGAAUCGAUUGAGCGACACGGCUUGUUACGAGAAGCUCACGAGAUCGAGUCGUGGAUUAACGACAAGGUGGGCUAGAUUUAAAAAUGUUUGAGGCGAAAUCAGGAUUACUUAUGUUAAAUUUUUGGACGCUUUCUGGUUUAAAAUAUUUAUUAAUGUACGAGCUUACGAGCGUGCAAAAACUUAAAACGUGGGACAGAGUACGAAUGAUUCGGGAGUACUGAGCAGAAUGAAUGUGAAAAAGACUUAUGUACAAGUUUGUUCUUAUUUUAGAAGUUUUUCCUUACUUUAGAAGCUUGUUCACGCUUUAGAAGCUGGUUCACGGUUUAGAAGCUUGUUCACGGGUUCCUUUCUUGUUCUCUUAACUAACUGUAUGCCUUAUUUUCUUUUUCUUUCAGGCUGCCGUGGUGACGUCAGAGGAGGUUGGAGACGACUUUGAGCAUGUUGAAGCACAGAAAAAGAAGUUUGAUGACUACCAAAAGGUUCGAAUAUCAUUUGAUUUUGUAUCAGACAUACAAACUCCUUCACGGUCAUGAUUUCUUUUAUGUUUUCGUCAUGAAUUAUUAAUGAGUUUCGCAAAUAUAUUCUGUGUUGAAAACGAGGCGUGAAGUAUUAAUAAAUUUAUUAAUAUAUUUCCAGGACAUGCGUACUAUCGAGGUGCGUAUCAAAGAAUUGACGAUCAUUUCUGAGAAAUUGAAGGUUGAGCAUCGUCGUGAAUACGAGAUGAUCCAGGAAAUUAUCAAACGUUUGACAGAAAGAUGGGAGGAACUUCAACAACUUUCCGAGAAACGACAGCAAGCUUUGGAAAGUGCUCAAGAAAUCCAGAAAUUCCAUCGGUAUGGAUGUUUCUAUGAAUUAUGUAGUUAAUAAAGUUCGUAUAUUUUAACCAAAGCUCUGUGUUUCCCAUGUAGUGAUGCAGACGAUACCAAAGCCUGGAUAUCAGAGAAAGAUACUGCGCUUUCAUCUGCUGAUUAUGGCCGAGAUUUAGCUAGUGUCCAGGCCUUACAGCGAAAACACGACGUCUUAGAGCGAGACCUCGCUGCACUUGAAGAAAAGGUAAAAAUCUAAACUAACUUUAGUAGUUUUAAAAUGUUUUUCCUAGAGGUCCAGUAAUGGCCAUCCCUUGGUGAUCCAGUAUUGCUGCAAGAGGAACCUAAACUAAACUAACUUUAUCAGUUCUAAACUGUUCUUCCUAGAGCUUCAGUUAUUGCCAUAUAUUUUCUUCAUGUUACUACAGGAGGAAACCUAAAUUAAACUAACUUCCUUUAUACUGGAUAGCUCUACCAGUUCUGAACUGUUCUUCCUAGAGGUCCAGUGAAAGUAUCUCUUAUUGGUCGAAGGGUUUUUGAGUCAAACUGAAAGCGCUCGUCUCGCAUGCGACUGAGGGAAAAUUAUGAUGAGAAAACUGUAUAUUGCAGAAACCAAACCUCAUUCGCAAAGGCUCAUGCACUGACCACUAUGUUAGUGUGUUACCAACACACCCUGACUGUUGACGAAAUAAUAUCAAAGCUUCUUGCUCGUGUAGGUUCGUCAACUCAAUAACGAGAUUCAAUGAUUUCGGGAAAGAACUGGCCGAGAAAGAGCAUUAUGCACAACCCGAGAUUGAAGAGAAACUUCAAACUGUCGAUGACGAGAGAAAAGAUUUGGAAAAGUAAGGAGAUUAAAGUUUGGAAGAUGCUGCUUGUGAAACAGCGUUUAUCAGUUCUAAACCGUUUUCCCUUGAGGUCCAGUCAGGAUCAUCUCUUAUUGAUCCAGUGUUACUACAAGAGGAAACCUAAACUAAACUAACUUUAUUUAUACAAAUUAUACUGGAUAGCUCUAUCAGUUCUAAACUGGUCUUCCUGGAGGUCCAGUAAGAAUCGUCUCUUAUUGAUCCAGUGUUACUACAGGAGGAAACCUAAACUAACUGUAUUUUUACUGGAUAGCUCUAUCAGUUCUAAACUGUUCUUCCUAGAGGUCCAGUAAAGAUCAUCCCUUAUUGAUCCAGUGUUACUACAGGAGGAAACCUAAACUAAACUAACUUUAUUUAUACUGGAUAGCUCUAUCAGUUCUAAACUGGUCUUCCUGGAGGUCCAGUAAGGAUCGUCUCUUAUUGAUCCAGUGUUACUACAGGAGGAAACCUAAACUAACUGUAUUUUUACUGGAUAGCUCUAUCAGUUCUAAACUGUUCUUCCUACACUCUAAAAACACUCUGGUUAAAUUUGGGUUAAUUCAACCAGUACGGUGUUAAAAAUCCACUUACACAAGUCUGGUUAAAAAAAAUUAACCAUUUUCCUGGUUAAAAGUCAAAAAAAGUGUACCAAAUUUUUGUUGAAUUGAUAAUUUUUAACCAGGAAAUGGGUUAUAUUUAACCAGAAUGUGUUGGGUGGAUUAUUAACCCAAUUCCUGGUUGAAUUUAACCAGAGUGUUUUUAGAGUGUAGAGGUCCAGUAAAGAUCAUCCCUUAUUGAUCCAGUGUUACUACAGGAGGAAACCUAAACUAAACUAACUUAUUUCUACUGGGUAGUAUUGUUAGUUCUAAACUGUUCUCCCUAGUUGUCCAGUAAGGUCAUCCUUUAUUUUUCAUUUAGAGCUUGGGCUGAAAGAAAGGACAAAUUGGAUCAAUGCUUUGAGUUACAGGUCAGUAUUGCAUCAAACAACGUGUUGCCGCGGUCAUAAGUAUACUGUAGAUUGAUUUUUACAACUUGUUUGCAGUUAUUCAAUCGGGAUGCAGAGCAGCUCGAGUCUUGGAUGGCGCCUCGUGAAGCAAUCAUUCGAACUGAAGAAGUCGGUGGCUCUCCCGAAGGUGCUAAUAAACUGGUCAAAACUCAUGAAAAUAUUGAAAAAUCUAUCAAACAGCAAGUACGAGAUCUAUAUAUUUGAUAGUCGUCUUUUCGUUUGGGAGUACAUCUUAUUGAUGGGUCGAAGAUCAAAACUGAAAGGCAAACUUUCUUAUUUGCAGGAAGAGAAAAUCAAAGCGCUUCAAGACUACGCCAAUAAAUUAACUGAGAAUGAUCACUACGACUCCCCAGCGAUCAAUGAACGAGUUGAAUCUGUUUUGGAAAGGUAGGGUCGUCACUUGUUGAGAUUAUAUAUAUUUCGAUUUCUUUGUGAUAUUUCUUGAGUGCCAUCAAAAUUGUCAGCUUCUGUUUACUUUAUCAUUUCGAUACUUUUUUGUCGAAAAGACGUUGAAUUAUGAGUUGGGUGUAUACAUGUAAUAUAUAAUGUAUGUAUUGUAUGGAGUGUUUAAAUAGUGCAUCAUCAUAGCUCAGUGACCCACUGCGCUAGCACGGCUUAUAUUCUGGAACUGAUUGAUUUGACUUUGUUUGCCGUUCUUCACAUUCAUCAUAGACCAACUUGCGGUUAGCAUAACUUCGUGUCUUCCUUUAGAUGGCAGAAAUUAAAAGCAGCCCUGGUUGAACGUCGCUCUAAAUUAGGUGAAAGUCAGAACAUUCAACAAGUCACCCGCGAUGCCGAAGACAUCGAAGCCUGGAUCAGUGAGAAACUACAAUCAGUUCAGGACGAGUCUUAUAUGGACCCAAGUAACUUACAGGUGAAUAUUGACUUGGUAUUCAUGUAUAUCUUUGUCUUAAUAUUCAUAUUCUUUAGCAGUUGAUCGAAUUACUGUGGACAAGUCAAGUUCAGACCAAUUCACCUUAAUGUCUUUAGAGUAAAGUGCAAAAACAACAAGCCUUUGAAGCAGAAAUGGCAGCCAACGAAGAACGAGUUUUGCAUAUCAUUGCCACAACUAACCGUAAGUUUUUAAUAUCUUUAGAGAAGUCUAAACUAUUCUCCUUACAGUUCUAGUAGGGUCAUUUUUGAUCCAGUGUGACUACUGGAGUAAAACAGAGAUAAAAAUGUACAGUGUAGAAAGCAGUAAAGUCAAACUGGAAACAGUCUGCUCACAAGAUUAAAUUAUUGACAACUGCGUCGUACAUCAUCUUUUCAUUCAUUUGUGUCUCUGUUUUCGCUGUAGAGCUGAUCGAGGAGCGUAAAUGCGCCAGCAAUGAAGAAAUUGUACGCGAGAGAAUCACGAAGUUGCAAGAAAUUUGGGAAAAGCUGACAAAACAAUCGCAGUCUAAGUCGCGAUAUUUAAUGGAGUCUAAUCAACUACAACAAUAUAAUAACAAUGUGAAAGAAUUGGAUUACUGGCUUGGUGAGGUAGGGUUGUCAUUUAUACAGAACUCAAGACUAGCAAAGCUCAACCCGGCAAACCAAUAGAACAUUUAGUUUUUUCUUGUAGUGUAUACAGUACUUAUCAGUUUUUACUGAUGGCAAAGAUACUGACAUUUUACUAUAGGGUACAUCGUUCUUCUUGAUAUGGUGACAACCUAGCUCAAGAAACUGUACAGUUGUAUUUACCAGAAUCACCAUAGAGCACUAUUUUGAAAGCUGUGGUGACGUUAUUUGCACCCCCCACUAAUAUAAAUAUUUAAUGGUAUCUUUUCUAGACUGAAACUUUGCUAUCAUCAGAAGACUGUGGGCAUGAUUUAGCAAGCACACAGAACUUGCUCAAAAAACACCAACUGGUGGAGGCUGAUAUCACUGCGCAUCAGGUAACAUGAGAUGAAGAAAAUUGUUAAUUAUGAUGGUGGGUGGUGAUGGUGAUUGUGAUGAUGGUGGUGAUGGUGUGAUGGUGAUAAUGGUGCUGGUGAGGGUGGUGAUGAUGAUGAUAUUGGUGAUGGUGGUGGUGAGGGUAAUGAUGAUGUGAUUAUGGUUGUGAUGAUGAUGAUGAUAUCAUGUGAUGUGGUGAUGACAGUGAUGAUGAUAAUGGUGAUGGUGGUGGUGAGGGUGGCGAUGAUGUGAUUAUGGUGAUGGUGAUGAUGAUUGUGAUGUGAUUAUGGUGAUGAUGAUGAGGGUGUGACGAUUUGUGAUAGUGAUGAUGAUAUGAUGAUGACGAUAAUGGUGACAUAGUUUUGAUGAAAAUUUGUUUUAUUCUUAGGACCACGUCAACGAUCUCCAAGCACAAGCUGAGAAAUUCAUUGAGAAAGAACAUCAUGAUUCCACGACUAUCAAAGAAAAAGCUGAAACAAUCACAACGCGUUAUGAAAAGUAUGAAACAAUGAAAUAAAACAGUGAAACAUUUACUAAAUCAUCCCCAGGGAUUAAAGAUCCUUUAAUUAGUAUUUAAAUCUCGUGUAUCUUCUGUCAUUUCAGGAUCACAAACAUGGCGAGUGAACGACGUGCUAGACUGGAGAAAGCUAACGAUCUUCAACAGUUGUUCAGAGACAUUGACAUUUCAUUUUCUAGUGUUGUCAGGGCAUAA